UUAAGAAACAAAAGGGAAAAUGAAGGGUUAUACAGAGUAGGAGGAACAGGGGAGAGAGAGAGAAAAGAAAGAAGGUUUCUUGGUAGCCACUCCAGGAGGUCGUGGGUUCUGAAUUACACACACCUACCUUCCUGGGGUGGGUUCUUAUUGUACUGAUUCAAAUUCAAGCAAUCUCUACAAAUUUUAAUUUUUGUCUUUUCAAUUUUUUUUUUUUAAUUAUAAAUGGGUUCUCUGCCUCUCCCCACUUGAUUCAGACCUCUCAUGGUUUGAAAUGUUCUUAUUUGAUGGAUACAGCUGCCGGGGUUCCUCCAUUUCCCGGCAGUUUCUUCAGCCAAUGUUUUCAAUUCUUUUUUUAUAGUUCAUUUCUGUAACCUUAGAAAGAAAGGAAACGAUCACGAGGGGUUGGAGAAGAAGAGAGUUUAUGGCAGAAAUGGCGGAUUAUUCGCCGGAAAAGAAGUCCGGUUGUGGAGCUAUGCUUCUAUGCAGUUUCAGACGACGAAGCUUCUGGCCUAGAAGAUCGCAAUCUGCAAACGAGAUACCCACACAGAACACCAAAAACAUUAUGAAGCAGCCUAGCGCCAAUUCAAAGAGGAGACGUGGAGGAUCCGAUGAGGCUGCCUUCCUUGACACCUAUACCUUAUCUGAUCCACCACCAAAGCUUCCAGAUAAGCCGCUAGUCAAAGCUGCCCCUCAUCAUCCCAAGCCAUAUCAGAAUCAUCAAACAAGAAAACCCUCCGAUGGAGCAAUAGUACCUGCAAAUACAUCCACGGCAUUAGCGGCGAAGGUGGUACCAACGACACAACAUGGUAGUGGGCAAGGAAGAAGAGUCCCCAAAGAGGCUAUUGGUCUCUCAGGGGAGCUCGAUAGUAUGAUCGCCGAUCACCAGAGGUCCAAGGGAAGCAACAAUUUGGUUCGAGCUUCGUCAAGCAAUGUUUUUCUCUUUGGCCAUUUAGGGAACAUUAGGCAGCCAGGAGGAACGAACCAAAAUUCAAGUAACCAACAACCACCCCAUUCGAAUUCCACCGCCAACAAUGUUCUCGAUUACCUUCCCAAGACUGCUCGCGAGAAUGGCUCGGGUGGGAGACGCUCAAACGCUGGUGUAAUGGGUAACAUAGUAAGGAGAGGUAGUUUUGAUGACAGCCAACAAGAGCAGCAGCAGCAGGGUUCCCUCUGUCGAGCUCUGUCUAAGAGAUUGGAUCCAGAGGAAUUGAAGGUGAUGGGCAACGAAGAGUACAAGAAGGGUAGGUUUGCAGAAGCCUUAGCAUUGUACGAUCGAGCGAUUCUGCUAGACGCAGAAAAAGCUUCGUAUCGAAGCAACAAGAGCGCGGCUUUGACGGGUAUGGGUCGGCUCCUUGAGGCAGUAUUUGAGUGCAGAGAAGCCAUUAAAAUCGACCCUUCUUACCAAAGAGCUCAUCACCGUUUAGCCACAUUAUAUCUCAGAUUGGGUGAAGCAGAGAAGGCAUUGAAUCACUACAAACGGUCAGGACCAGAAGCCAGCUCUAGCGAUUAUGCAAAAGUUCAAGCAGUACAAACACAUAUCAACAGGUGUAACGAAGCACGGAGGAUACAUGAUUGGCAGACAUUGGUGAAAGAGACCAGAACCGCCAUAUCUUCCGGCGCCGAUUCAGCUCUCCAGGUAUUAGCAAUGCAAGCAGAGGCGCUGUUGAAGCUUCAGAGACAUGAAGACGCGGAUACCACGUUAACGAAUGGACCAGCCUUCGACGUGGAAGCCUGUUCCAAGUUCUUCGGACCCACUACCUACUCUUUUAUAUUGCAGACACAAGCCCAGGUUGACAUGGCCGCCGGCAGGUUUGAGGAUGCGGUGGUGGCUGCUCAACGAGCGGCUCGACUCGAUUCGAGUAAUAGGGAUGUGAGUUCAGUGGUGGGGAAAGCCCGAGCCGUGUCGUCAGCUCGGAACAGUGGGAACGAUCUCUUUAAGGCUUCCAAGUUCUUGGAGGCGUGUGUGGCUUAUGGUGAAGGACUAGAGCAUGAUCCGCUUAACUCAGUCUUGCUCUGUAACAGAGCCGCUUGCCGAUCCAAACUCAGUCAGUUUGAGAAAGCCGUCGAGGAUUGUACCAAUGCUCUCAACCUUCGUCCUUCUUACACCAAAGCCAGGCUACGGCGCGCCGAUAGUUACGCCAAGUUGGAAAGAUGGGAGGCAGCCAUACAAGACUACGAGACUUUGAAAAGAGAAACGCCGGGAAACGAAGAGGUGGGCCGGGCCUUAUUCGAGGCCCAAUUGCAGCUCAAGAAGCGGCGCGGCGAAGAUGUUCAGGGCUUGAUGUUUGGUGCUGACAUCAUCGUCGUCACCAGUAACGAGCGUUUCAGACACUUAGUAACCUCGCCUGGGAUGUCUGUGGUGCUCUUCUGCAACAAAACCAGCGACAAACAAAUAUUACAAACCAUGGAGCAUCUCUGCAAGAGAUACCCUUCCGUCAACUUCCUUAAGGUGGAUGUUGAGGAGCACCCAUUCUUGGCAAAGUCUGAGGGAGUUGGAGUUUCAACGGUACCAACUAUGAAGAUAUACAAGAAUGGGUCAAGGGUCAAGGACAUUCCUGGCAACAACCUUGAAUUGUUAGAGAGUUCUCUUAAAUAUUUUACCACUUGACCUAAACAAAAGAGGAGAGGACAAAGAUGGAAACAAAGAGAAUCUCUUCAAUUUGUGGAUUUCCCUAAUCCCUCCCUCUUCCUUCAUAUCACAAAUGAAUGAAUAUAUGAGAAAGAGAGACACAAAAGAAAAGAGAAGAAAAGAGGCUCAGACAAGCAGAGAUCAAAUCACAAAAGCUUGUAAUAAUGUAAACGAAAGACCCACCAAGAACAGAUUAGAGAAAAGGGGUUGAUCGCGAUUUGCCUAAUUGCCUUUUAAUGGUAACAAAUCAGAUCUGUUGAAAUUGCAUUUGGAGAGCAAGGCAGUAAGAGAGGAGGCAUUCAUUACAUAUGAUCAUUGAGAUUGAGUUUGUGAUUAAAAUUGAAGGAAGACAAAAUUGGAGGGAAGGGUGGUUUUGUAAUUUGUGCUACUUUUUUAUUUUUCUUUUUCUUUUUGUUUUUUUGUUUUUCUGUUUUUCUGUUUUUCUGUUUUUCUGUUUUUUGUUUUUUCUUCUUUAAGAAAUGUAUUCAUGUA